AUGGGUGAAAAUGUCGGCCAACAGGUGCGCUUCUCAAGUCACCUUUCUGAUGGAGAACUCUGUGCAGUAGACGCCCGAAAGAUGCAGGCCGCUCAAGCCCUGGGACAAAUACUGGGAAGAAGUGUCUCCAAAAGUGAGGUGCCCACUGUUGCUGUCCUGGGCUCUGGAGGGGGUCUCCGUGCCAUGAUUAGCUUUCUGGGCUCGAUGUCAGGAUUCCUCGAGGCGGGAUUGCUGGACUGUGUGACGUACCUCUGCGGAGUGUCAGGAUCCACCUGGACAAUCAGUUCAUUGUACGAAAAUGUGGAAUGGUCCAGUGACUUUGCUGCCACAAUUAGUCAAAUCUGCAGUAACCUUGAGGAUGCGAAUUUUGAUUUUGAUGAUAUCAUCGAUGUCCUCAAGAGAGAAGAUCAUCUCCUGAAAAGACUGGAGGCAGCUGCUUACAAGGAAGACUACUCAGCCACAGACCUCUGGGGAACGGUGGUUAGCAGAGUUCUUGGAAAGGAACACAAUCAAAAACUUUCAAAGCAGCAAGAAGCCGUCAAGAAUGGGCACAAUCCUUACCCGGUGUAUGCCGCUAUCAAUAAGGAGUACUUUGACUGUGACAAGAAGAAUAAACACCCAGAGAUCUGGUUUGAAUUUACACCGUAUGAAUGCGGGUUUCCAAGUUAUGGAGCAUUUGUUGAAACCAAGAUGUUUGGGAGUAAAUUUGAGGGGUCGGAAAUGAAGGAGUAUCAUCCUGAACCAAGCAUGUAUUUGCUGCAAGGUUUGUGGGGCAGUGCAAUGGCAGACAUGAAAACCUUAGAGAAAUAUGUCAUCGUACUGAGAAACUGCCCACUGAGGGCAACUGACUCUGCCCCUUUCCGUCCUAUGGCCAAAAAAGCAUGA